AUGCCGUCUAUGUCCCUGCAGUCUGUGACUGCUGUCAUCAUACUCAGCGUCGACGAUGGCUCUGUAGGUAGAUCAUAUCUCUCUCUAGACCUAGCAGUCGCGAUCAGGAUAUUCGCAAAAUAUUACAACGCCCCCCACCAUGCGCCGACAGGCACAUCUGGUGCCCCAAGCUCCCCAUAUUCGGACGUGAAGUCACAGAAGAGCUUCGAGAAAGGUCUACUGGAGAAGACGGCAAAACAGACUGGAGAUAUCAUACUCUACGAUAACAAGUUGGUGCUUUAUAAGAUGGAGUCUGACGUGAUGAUGUACGUCGUUGGAGGAGCCGAGGAAAAUGAGGUCUUAUUAUACAACGUCAUUUUGGCGCUGCGGGAUUCGUUGCACCUGCUAUUCAAGCAAUCUGUAGAUAAGCGGACAGUCGUGGAAAACUACGAUCUAGUAUCACUGGCUAUUGACGAGAUCGUUGACGAUGGAAUUAUUCUGGAAACAGACCCAACGAUUAUUGUACAGCGAGUCAGCAAAGCGCCCACUCAAGACGUAAAUCUGAGUCGCAUCGAUCUCAGUGAGCAAGGAGUGAACAACCUGGCACAGCUGGGACGCGCCAAGUUAACCGACUGGCUGCGCCAAGGGCUGUAA